AUGCUUCAGCCAGAGGAAGCAUUUGAAGCACUUGUUGCUGAAGGGGAUGCACUAAAAAUAUAUGGCGAGGCGGAUGACACUAUUCCCAGCUCACCAACUACAAAAUCAAUAUCUCCACCGUCAACCGCCGUAAAACUACGUCGCUAUGUCAAUAAGAUUGAAAAAUCGAUUGACGGUAUAAAGGAUAUUCUUGACGAAGUAAGCCCGGGCCUUUCACGCCAUAUAAAAGUGGUUAAUCAAGGCAGUCUCACCUUGGCCGAAUUAGGCGAUCUACACCGUGAGAGCUUUGCCAAGCGCCAAGUCAAAGCGAGUGGUGCACUCUAUGCAAAAGAUGCGAAUCGCCUCAUAAAACGCCGUCAUGAUGGGGAUUUGUUGAAAAUCUAUAAGAGCCAUGUCGUUGGCGUGCCGCAGCCGAUGGAAGAAGUGGCUUCAACAGAGCCUCAAAACAGCGGGUUUUUCUUUGAUACUCAGGGAGAUAGGUGA